AGGCCGGUCGGUGGCCCGGGGGAGGGCCGUCUUUACCCCGCCCCUUGCCCCGGCGCCCCGGGGCAGAAUCUCUUGGGAGAAGCAGACGCUGGGGCCGCGAGUGUGCGUGUGCGCGCGUGUUGUGUGUGCGCGCAGGGUCUGCAUAUGUUCUUGGGGGUCAGGGUGUAUGCGUACGCUCGUGUGUUUGCGUGGUGUCCGUCAGUGGAUUUCUGCGCGCUUGUAUUUUGGGGGGGGGUGUGUUCGUUGAUGUCUGCCUGCUUGUGUCAGCGUAUGUCUUCCGAGUGUAUUUCUGUGUGCGUGUGAUUUUAAAGGUAUGUGUCUACCUGUCUGCGUGUGUGCAUUUCUGGGGGUUUGUGUGUGUGUGUGUGUGUGUCUGCUUUCCUGUGCAUGUACCUUUCUUGUGUGAGUGUGUAGUCUUACGGUUGUGUGUAUGACCUUGCUUGAGUAUGUCUGAGGAUCAGCCUGUGGUUUUGAAAGUGUGCAUUUCCAUCAGUCUGGCUGGCUUCCUGAUGCCUGACUAUGUGCGUGAUGUAGAGGGUACCAUUACAAGGGAUUGAUUGCACACGGGCCAGUGUGUGUGCAAGGAGGCUGCAUAUACAUGCAGAGAAUAGCUUGUGCAAAAGAAAAGCGUGUGGGGGCAAGACUCGUAUUUGUGCGUGUGUGCACCUGUGUAUCAUUGUCAACGCAUAUUCCAAUGACCUAAGGCGGGCACAGUUUACCCUGCCCCCCGCAAACCCCCCCCAGGCGGCCGGCUGCAGGUCCGCUACAAUUGCCUAGUACUGCAGGCACUCUGGGUUGCCAAGGCAACAGCCUAAGCCCCGCCCUUCCCGCCUUGGAGAAGCGCGGGGGUGCCCCGAGUGGACAGCAAGGAAAGGUCCCUCGCUUCCUGUGGGAAUCUGGGCUAACACCCAGUUAGAGACGCGCGUCUGAGGUUGUUAGUGGUCUCGAAGAAAAGAGGAACGCGCUCUUCAUCCACUAGGUCCUGGUUUUCCAGAAACAGCAGAAAGGCGGCUGCUGCUGUGGCCCACAAACCCCCCGACCCCGAAGCCUGGGGAUGCGGGCUCAGUAAACAUCCCCAAAACAUCCCGGAGGGAUGAAUAGGAGGACCCAAGACGGGCCUCCGGCUCCUAGCUUGGGCAGGCGCCCAGCUGGCACUCAAUAAAGAUGUGCUGGCCCGGAGCGGUGGCUCACGCCUGUAAUCCCAGCACUCUGGGAGGUCGAGGCGGGUGGAAUACGAGGUCAGCAGUUCGAGAACAGCCUGGCCAACAUGGUGAAACCCUGUCUCUACUAAAAAAUACAAAAAUUAGCCGGGCGCGGUGGCAGGCACCUGUAAUCCCACUAUUCGGUAGGCUGAGGCAGGAGAAUUGCUUGAACCCGGGAGGCGGAGGUUGCAGUGAGCCGAGAUUGUGCCACUGCACUCUAGCCUGGGCGACAGAGCAAGACUCCGUCUCAGAAAAAUAAAAAUAAAAUAAAGAUGUGUUUGCUGGACUCCUGGAAGGAAGCAGGAGUGCUCAUCCUAGGCCCAAGAAAUGACAGGAACAGCCCUCCCUGAUCCAGUCCACGGUAUUAUCAAAAUCUCACAGGAAGCUUAGGAGGGCAGCCACGAGGUUAUCCCAUUUUACUGACAAACGGAAGACACAAGGUCAGGAAGUGGCAGUCUCAAAGGCCUGUCCUAUUUGAGUCCUGGGUCCUAAGGGCUGGUCCUCUGGGGUGGCAGAGACCCCAGACUGGAGGAGUCCAUGAAGCAGGUCAUUUGGCCAGAAGCUGUCUGUGUGUGGGAUGGGGAGUAGCAGGUGGCAUUCAUCUCUCCAACCUCUACACUGUGCUUUUCAAUUCUGGGUGUACCAUGCUCCUCCCUGGCCCUGCAACCCCUCACUCCUCAGCAUUUUCCUCUAUUACAGACAUUCUCUGUGAGCCUCUUCAUAACAGCUGGGUUAGACCUUAGUUAUAAUGCGAUUGUAAAACACAUUCUGAUUUUAGCAGUAUUAAAUGUAGUGAGAUUAAAAGAACCAUUUCCAAACAUGCCCUUAAGUGGGAGGUCCCUUUGCAGGCAGUCUUUCUCCUUUGAUAGCCCUCACCACUUUUUCCACCUGCGAGGCUCCAGUUCAUCCAUCACCUCCCAGCUCCACGGGUUCCUCCUUGGCAAACCGAGUGUGACCUGGUAGUUAGAAGCCCAUUCCUAGGUUCAAACCCCAAUUCCCCACUUGCUACUUGGCACUUUGGGCAAGAGAAUGUACCUCUCUGAGCCUCCAUUUCCUCGCCUAUACGAGACCUAUAAUCACGUCUGCUCCCCAGCAUUCUUGGUGGAAAAGAACCUUGUAUGUGAAGUGCCUCACUCAGGGCCUGCUGUCAUAAGCGCUUGAUGAAUGGAAGUGGUUUCAGCUGAUGCCAUGAUGGUGGCGGUCACUGAGCAUGCUGUGUGCCAGGGAACACCUCAGAUGCACCUCCUCACACUGUGAGACUGUGGUACAGACCUCCAUGAGCCGGUCCCAGGUAGCCCUGCUGGGCCUGAGUCUGCUGCUCAUGCUCCUACUGUAUGUGGGGCUGCCGGGCCCCCCCGAGCAGACUUCCUGGCUCUGGGGAGACCCCAAUGUCACAGUCCUGGCUGGUCUCACCCCUGGCAACUCCCCCAUCUUUUACCGCGAGGUGCUCCCACUCAACCAGGCACACAGGGUGGAGGUGGUGCUGCUUCAUGGAAAGGCCUUUAACUCUCACACGUGGGAGCAGCUGGGCACACUGCAGCUACUGUCGCAGAGGGGCUACCGGGCCGUGGCCCUUGACCUUCCAGGUUUUGGGAACUCGGCACCUUCGAAGGAGGCAAGCACAGAGGCAGGGCGGGCAGCGCUGCUGGAGCGGGCGCUGCGGGACCUGGAGGUACAGAAUGCCGUGUUGGUGAGCCCCUCGCUGAGUGGCCACUAUGCCCUGCCCUUCCUGAUGCGAGGCCACCACCAGCUACAUGGAUUCGUGCCCAUUGCACCCACCUCCACCCAGAACUACACCCAGGAGCAAUUCUGGGCUGUGAAGACUCCAACCCUUAUCCUGUAUGGAGAGCUGGACCACAUCCUGGCUCGAGAGUCACUGCGGCAGCUCCGCCACCUGCCCAACCACUCUGUGGUGAAGCUACGCAAUGCAGGCCAUGCCUGCUACCUCCACAAGCCGCAAGACUUCCACCUUGUCCUGCUUGCCUUCCUUGACCAUCUACCUUGAACUAACCCACUCCCAGGUCCUGGCCUGGCCUGAGCUUGGACAGUCUGGACCACCACCCUCCCCCGACCAGGGAGACAGCCUCUGGGAUUGGAGGCCAGAGGCCAGAGGGUCAGACCCAGCUAGGACUUCUCAUUUCGCCUCACAGACACAAUAAAAAAGCAUAUUUGUCCUGCCUGGGAAGUGA